AUGUCUGAACAUUAUUCAGAACAACGACUUUCACACAUACUGAAUGAAAAAGUUAAACGAAACUGCUUCAGUUUGAUUGUACAGUUCAGAGCAAUCAGUCGUGACUCUUGCUAUCAUAUUUCUUUUUUAUUCUCAUUAAAUUAUUUAUUGAAAUUUCCAAAUUGUUAUCAAGUUAUCUUGAAUAUGCAAAUAAGGAAAUCAGAUAAAAUAUCAGAAGCACUUCGAAAUGAAGGCAAUAAAUUAUACGGUGAAAAACGCUUUUACCAUGCUAUGCUGAAAUACAAUGAAAGUUUGUGCCACACACCUUUAACGAGCGUGAAUCUCGGCCUAGCUUAUGCGAAUAGGUCAGCAAUAUAUUUUGAGUUGAGACUCUAUGAAAAAUGUCUCAAAAAUAUCAAAUUAGCCAUCGAUCAUAAUUAUCCUUGUGAAAAACUCAAUGUCUUAAAUCAUCGUGAAGAAAAGUGCAAUGAAAUGAAACAUCAAAAAUUAGCGAUAAUUAAUCCAUGGAAUUUUUUUAAACUCACUUAUAAAUCUCAUAAGAAGCUCCAUGGAGUUGCAGACUGUCUUCAAGUGAGAAUAAAUGAAAAAUAUGGCAAACACAUUAUUACAACUAAACCACUUCAUGUUGGCGAUAUCAUUGCAAUCGAGAAACCUUUUUGUAGCGUUUUGUUAUCCGAAUCAAAGUUUCUAAAAGUUGAUAAAGAAAACAAAUUUCAACGAUGUAGAAAUUGUCUGAAAGAUAAUCAAUUAGAUUUAAUUCCAUGCUCAGGGUGUUGCGAAGUAAUGUUUUGCAGUGAUAAAUGUCAUCAAGAAGCAAAUGAGAGAUUUCAUAAAUAUGAAUGUCCCGUCAUGAAUUUACUCCUUAAAUCAGGAAGUGUUAACAUAGCAUUACAAAUAUUUUUCAUCGCACUUUCUGCCUGUGACGGAUCAAUUGAGAAUUUACAAAAUUUCAUGCUUGAAACUGAAAAUACAAACUCAACAGUUUUUGAUUAUAAUUUCUCGCAAGACAGUUUCGUUUCAAAUACGAAAAACUACUUGAAAUGUUUGACUUCAUUAACUCGAAGUCAACGGAAGUUUUGUAUUCAAGCACAUGAUGAUAUUCUUUCAACCCACCCACAAUUGAAAAACAUGUGGAAUGAAAACCAAGAGUUCAUAAGAAAUUUCAUCCAAAAGCAAUGUCAGAUAAAUGAUCAAUAUUUUCACGGGAUCUUUGGCGGAAGUUUGACAAAAACUGGCAAUGAAAAUUUAGAUUUUUUCUCGACUCAUCAAAAAUCAAUUGGAAGUGGUUGGUUUCCUUUUUGUUCAUUAAUCAAUCAUUCUUGUGCUCCAAAUGUGACAAGAGUUUCCGUUGAGGGAAAAGUUGUUCUUGUUGUUUGUCGUCCUAUUGCAGAAGGUUCACAAUUAUUUGACUGCUAUAAAGCUAACUUCAAUAAGCAACCAAAAUCUUCUCGGCAAAUGACAUUACUUAAAGAGUUCAAUUUCACUUGUGAUUGUGAAGCAUGUGAUAAAAAUUAUCCAGCCCCACCAAUUUUACCAAUUAAAGACAUUAAAAUUGUUAAGUUUGGAAAGAAAACAGAAGAAGAAAUCGUUAAUUUAAAAGGAGGUCAAUCAUUGAAACGAUAUCACGAUUGUUGCGAAGUUAUCGACAAGAACCAUGAUCAGAAUUUUCCUUCAUUAGAGUUAAGUCUUCUCCAAAUGUGUCAAGCAAUGUACCAAUUAAAACAAAAUCAUUUGAUUAGUCAGAUAAGAAUGUCUCCAGGAUAG